UUUAACGAAAUUUACACAAUUUCAAGCGUGUGACUGAGCCAGCGAUUACGGAAAUAAGUGCUCUUCCAGAAUCAAAUAAAUAAAGGAUUAAUCUCAGAUCACCAGCCGUGUAAUCCUAUAACUCUGUCCACAAUGUCCAGGCAAUCCAACCGAACAACAGACAGCAAGAAGAUGAAUUCUGAGCUGUUCACAUUGACGUAUGGGGCCCUGGUCACCCAGCUUUGUAAAGACUAUGAAAAUGAUGAGGAAGUCAAUAAACAGUUGGAUAAAAUGGGUUAUAACAUUGGAGUCCGUCUGAUUGAGGACUUCUUGGCACGUUCCAACAUCGGCAGGUGUCAGGAUUUCCGAGAAACGGCUGAUGUCAUUGCUAAGGUGGCAUUUAAGAUGUACCUGGGAAUCACCCCCAGCGUGACCAACUGGAGUCCAGCAGGAGACGAAUUUUCCCUCAUCCUAGAGAAUAACCCACUGGUUGACUUUGUGGAGCUGCCAGAUAAUCACAGUACGCUCAUCUACUCCAACCUGCUAUGUGGAGUCCUCAGAGGAUCCUUGGAGAUGGUCCAGAUGGCGGUGGAUGUGAAAUUUGUUCAAGACACUCUCAGAGGGGACAACGUCACAGAAAUUCGCAUGAAGUUCAUCAAAAGGAUCGAAGAAAACCUUCCGGCAGGAGAUGAAUGAUGGAGACAAAAAGAUGUUUUUCCCUCAGUUGUCUUUGGAGGAAAGACUAACUUGCACGAGGAACAUUUUUACACUCUAAAGAAAUGAUGAAGAACGUUACUCUUACCUUAAACUGAGGCUAAAUCUUAACCAUAUAGAGGAUAUUUACAUUCCUUGCAGCUUGACAUGUUUGUGAGUUGGGUUUAACACACACCCACACACACAUAAAAUGCUUGAUUUUCUCACUGGAAAGGUCUGAAAUUAAUCUGGUUAACUCCUGUGACUGCUGCUCAAAUUUACAGAGAAAAGAAACUUAUUGUGGUAUCAGGACAGGGCACAGCUGUCUCAGCCAACUACUGACCUGUGCAUCUGUUUGAGGUGAAGGUUUUUGUAGGUUUGUGCCUAAAUGACACACCACUACACUUUCCUCUCACUAAUCCACAUUUAAAAAGAUGUCUGUCCUUCACCUUUCCAGACAGAUAUGUUUUCAUCUGCCUGUAUAUAAAUAUAUACAUAUAUAUAUGUACCUUUUUGACACAAGGCAGGGAUGUUUUGUGCUGAAUUGUUUGUUUGGUUCUGUUUUUUUUUUUGUUUUUUUUUUUUUUAUGAAAUCUAAUUCUGUGUUGCUGCCAAUUGUCUGGCAUGUUAAUUUAUGUUGAUUGUCUCAAGUAAAAUUGAUUUGAAGUGA